GCAGAAUCAGAUGCUGUACAGCCGUCGCUAGAACCGGAAGUGUGUUUUCCAAAUAUUGACUUCGAGCUUUCGGCGUAAAAUUACGUGCGGCUGCGGCUCAAAAAAAAUUACAAAAAUUCAUUUUUUUUAAUCCAAACAAUGUGAAAAUCAAAAAUGUAAUUUAUUUGAAACUCUGCACCAAUAAUGUAAAAUCUGUGUGUUUGGAAACUUUGUAAACAUGCACAAAGUGUGGAGUUGGUUGAUUCUUGGCAUCGCCGUGAGCCAAGUUCUGUCGCUGCGACUGGAGCGUUCACCCUCCCCUAGCACAACCCCAACCCCCGACGACGACGAUGACGAAUGGGACGACGAUGAUUCGUCCGAAAUCGAAGAUGACGGCAAGAUUUAUAAAAAUCCAAGGAACUCGCCCUCGACGCUGUGCCCCCGGGACGACGCCCAAGCCACACAACUGGGACACAGAUGUCUGCGAAAGUGCUCGUCGGACGAAGACUGCAAGAGCAAGAAGAAGAAGUGCCUUUGUGACGGCGCCUGCGGCAUGUCCUGCAUUAAACCGGAUAGGGAAUGUCCAGAACCGAAACAGAUCCCUUUCGGGAGUGUAAGCUACACUGAAAGAGUCUUCGGUUCAAAAGCGACCUAUUCGUGUCAACAUGGUUAUCAUGUUGUGGGAUUACAGAGUCGAACGUGUCAAGCCGAUGGAAAGUGGGCCGGAUCGGCGCCAGUUUGCAAGCAGAACAUUUACUGUUUGUCGCCUCCCACAAUCGACCACGCUCGUCACAAUGCCCUUCCGGAACAAACCACUUUUGAUCUGGACUCCACUCUUCAAUACUAUUGUCACACCGGUUACGUGACCAAUGGGUUUCCCCGAGCCAAGUGUCUGGCUAUCGACGGGCAAGCCUCAUGGUAUGGCCCAGACAUCUCAUGCGAACCGAACUCCUGCGGCGCCCCCACGGACAUAUCUCACGGCUGGCACGCAGGAGAAUGUUACACGUACGGCUGUCGAAUAACUUACCACUGCGCCGAAGGUUACGAGCUAGUUGGAAAAAAUGAGCGUUUCUGCCAAGCUGACGGCACCUGGACGCCCAAGGAAUUGCCAACUUGUGUUCUUGUUACAGCGGUGCAGUGCAGCCCCCCGGAAAAUCCGCGGCAUGGGAAAGCGAUUUACACGUCUUGUAGUUACAACUCGGUUGUUAGCUACGAGUGCAAGUAUGGGUAUACUCUCCAGGGGGAGAGCAGCAGGAGAUGUGGGGCGGAUAGGAAGUGGUCGGGGGCUCAGCCCAUUUGUAAAGAGAUAAACUGUGGCCACCCUGGACGCCUGUGGAACGGCUGGCUGGAAAAUAUCGAAGGUGGCACCGGCCUGGGUGCUUCCAUAAUUUUCCGAUGCCAUGAAGGAAUGUUACUUGUGGGCAACACAUCAACGGUGUGCCAAAGCGACGGAAAAUGGCGAUACCCCCUCCCAAAAUGUUUAGCUCCGUGUGUGGUACCACACGUGUCCCAGGGACGAGUUAUACUAGUCUCGAAAAACGACACUGCACCUACAUCAACAGUGGUCCAACAUGGGGAAGCUCUGGAGGUGAAUUGUGAGUACCAGUAUGAGUUUUUGGCCAGUACUUCGGCAGUAACGUGCAAUAAUGGUACUUGGACACAUAUUCCCAAAUGUGAACCGGCUAGGUGUAAGCAUUUGCCAAAACCGCCCAAAAACGGAAUGGUCAUUGCCCCAAAAAUGAACCACAACAUGAAGGCGAGGUUCAAGUGCAAGGACGGGUUCCAGAUCAAGGGACAUCCCCUAAUUGAGUGCUCGUUUGGCAACUGGACCGGGGAAAUACCCAAAUGUGAAGAAGUUUAUUGCCCAUAUCCUGGGUCCGUCUCCAAUGGUAAAAUUCUCCUCGUGGGUAAUAUGGGGCUUUAUGAUUACCGGCCAUACGUCCGUAAAGUCACAAACAACAAACAGAUUAUGUACGAUUGUGACAAAGGCUACGUCCUGGCCGAAGGCCCUCCAGGUGCCACGUGUAUUGGAGGCAUCUGGAGCCCCUCACAACUCCCAAAGUGUAUUCUUGGCCAACACCCCCGAUUGCGUUGGAACCGCCGCAGAAGAUCCAUCGUGAUGGAAAAGUACAAACGCGCUUUCAUUCGCCAAAACAAGCUCAUUUACCAAAACCGUGAAAAACGCCACGUUCACAACUAUUUAAAUUAUUUGAAAGAGCAGCAUAGAGAAGGGGCAAAAAUGCGCCUGAAACGUGCCCUUAAGGGUGGAAGCAGUAGCCGGGCUUUUGGAACGUCGCACAAAAGCUCCAACUCGCAGUUGAGUUUACGCAGAGGCAAUAAGAAAAAUUACAAUUACUACGAAGAAGAGAAACAGGAAGAGAUCAAGAAACCCAAACACAAGUCACGCGGGCCGUGUGAACCCCUCUCCAGUGAACCAUACGUCAAUAUCGAGAUUGUCAAACAUGGGAGAGAUCAUAAUGUGUCGUUUAGUUCCGGAACUAUUGUUAAGAUGGCUUGCGGGAAAGGCUACGGGCUGAAUAUGCCCGAAAAUAAAACGGCAAAGUGUGUUAGGGGACGCUGGAGGCCAACGAAACCGACCUGCUCUAUUUUGCCUUGUUUUGUCCCAAGUAUCGAAAACGGGGUCUUCAAGCUGUCCAAAGCCGAGCUUCCAUCGAACAUCACAUUUGAUUUGGACGAGCCCUUGAACGAAACUGUGGAAAUCGGGAAUGGUCAAGUGGUUGAGUUUAGUUGCCUGGAAGGUUACAACAUCCAAGGACCCAGUAAUCUGAGGUGUUGGCACGGGGACUGGACCGUGACCGGUCUUCCCGAAUGUACAGCCUCACCUUGCCAGUUGCCCCAAAUCACCAAUGGGCAGUAUUUGAUGGGUUAUAGGGCCGGUCUGACCAUUGCUAACGGUUCCAGCGUUACGUUUCAGUGUGACAGUGAUUACAGCAAAUCGACGGCACAGCCGAUUCAGUGCAUUUUGGGCGAAUUGUACCCCAAAAGUCCCUCGUGCCGGCCAGAGGCCGGAGUUGAUCUCAAUAGCAAAGUUAUCGACUCGCCUCAUUUCAUCGGAGGUGCUGAUAUCAUCAAAGGUGGUGAUAUUACAGUUUUACAGUACGGUUCCCCGUCUAAAGCGUGUGGACCACCGGCUAAAGUUCAAGGUUCUCUAGUUUACAAAAAUGGAGAACCGAUUGUGGACGACGAAAACAAUUUUCCUGAUGGUACCGAGGUUACGUUCAAUUGUAUUGAGACCAUAAUGGGGGAGAAAACCACGUGGAAAAUUGUGUGUGAGGAUGGCAGUUGGAUUGGCCGAUCUCUCAACUGCGACACUGAAGAGUUACUAGCCUCCCAAAUCGUUUACAACAACAACACUUGCAUUUUUCGCAAUCAAGAACCAAACGUAAUCUCGUUUUACAACGACCAACAAAUCCGCGAGGAAGUUGUGGAGUUUCCAGCUGGGGCUGUUCUGGUCAGUCGAUGUGUGGAUAUAGGGAAGUAUGCAAUGACAGGAUCCAACACGAGGAGAUGUAUGGGAGGGGAUUGGGAUGGCACUAAGCCUGCCUGUUUUGGAUUGAACCAGGAGAAUGACUACUCUAUGGAGAAGCCUCCCACAAUUUUGUUCAGGCACCAGUUAGGGCCCAUUGCUCAGUCGAACGAUGGGAAGUUGAUUGUGUAUCCAGGGACCAUUUUACACAUGGAAUGUCUCUGGAUCAGGAGGUUUGGGAAUCCGAAGUGGACCGUUAGCCACGAUUAUAGAAAAUAUCCCGAAGGCUGGACCACUGAUCCAGGCCGCGACUCCCAACUAGAGUACCGCCUGUCCAUCUUCCACGCAUCUAAAGACGACUCUGGCCUGUUCACCUGCGUCACCCCAGCCCGAUACACCCAUUCUGUGGAAAUCGAAGUCAAAGCUGUCCACUGCCCCAUCGUCCCACAACGCCGCGGCCUCACCGUCAACACCCAAAGCACCAAAAUGAACACCCGCUUGAAGUUCUCCUGCAUCAACGGCAACGCUCUGAUCGGCGCCUCCGAAAUCACCUGUCUUCCUUCGGGCAACUGGAGCGCCCCAUUCCCGGUGUGUGAAAGUAUCGAGUGCGGGGAGGUGGGAGGUGUGUUGCCUUCUCGCCUUCGUGUUCUGGUCGUUUCUAGAGAGGUCGGGGGCCGUGCUGUCUUUAGCUGCGAGCCCGGGUUUGGGCUCAGAGGCCCCCAGGAGACCGUGUGCCAGCCAAACGGAGACUGGGCCACUCCGUUCCCUACGUGCGAAGAAGUUCAGUGCGACAAUCCCGGGAGUCCUGAGAAUGGAUACAUGCAAGGGAGUGGGCCUUUUAAGGCGGGGGAUGUGGUCCAGUUUAACUGCAAUCCUGAUUUUAUGAUGGAAGGACAGCCUAUUAUAGCCUGCCAGGAUAACUCGAGAUGGUCGGGGAAAUUGCCUAAAUGUGUACAAGCUUGUUCCUAUCCAGGGACGACCAUCAGUGGGAAGAUGUCCUCAGUCAAGUUCUACUACAAAAUAGGGGAGAAUAUAACCUUCACGUGUGACGAAGGACUGACUUUGAAGGGAGCGGCGAUGUUAAAAUGUCUAAAGAAUGGGAAAUGGUCCAAUGCUAUUCCCACAUGUGUCACGGAAAAUAACACACCCGAAAAUGACUGAAUGUUUUACAACAACUUAAAUGUGAUAUCAUUGUUUAAGCGAAUAAAGGGUUACAUUAAUCAUCCUGCAACUGUUACAUAUUAAGACAUAUCUGUUACAUGUAGAAAUUUUUAUAAUUCUAAAAUGUUUAAUAAACUGUUAGACGUAAUAAUUACAAUGUGAAACUCAUAUCACGUAAGUUACAUAAUCACUACUCAUUAGCUCGCUUGUAAGGAUAUAACUAUUAAUAAAGCAUUAGUAAAGUACUAUUUGCUGGACUAUAAUUAGGCUAUAAUUUACAGAAAAAUAUUUCCAGUAGUGCAAUAUCUUAUUUUGUAACAAAUGUAUUGUAAAAAUAAAAAUAAAAUUCAAAUUAGUUAUACAA